AGCCUCCGCCAGCUCCGGGGGGCGGGUGCCGGAGCAGCGCAGCCCGAUCGGUCCGCAGCGCGACUAACUGGAAGUCGGCGUGGCCGCGGGAGGCGGACGAUGGGGGCAGGUGCCGCCGGCUGCGCCAUGGACCCGCCGCGCCUGCUGCUGCUGCUGCUGGGGGUGUCCUUCGGAAGUGCCCAGGAGGCGUGCCUCACGGGCCUGUACACCCACAGCGGCGAGUGCUGCAAAGCCUGCUACCUUGGAGAGGGUGUGGCCCAGCCUUGUGGCGCCAACCAGACCGUGUGUGAGCCCUGCCUGGACAGCGUGACGUUCUCCGACGUGGUGAGCGCCACGGAGCCCUGCAAGCCGUGCACCGAGUGCGUGGGGCUGCAGAGCAUGUCGGCGCCCUGCGUGGAGGCCGACGACGCCGUGUGCCGCUGCGCCUACGGCUACUACCAGAACGAGACCACGGGCCGCUGCGAGGCGUGCCGCGUGUGCGAGGCGGGCUCGGGCCUCGUGUACUCCUGCCAGGACAAGCAGAACACCGUGUGCGAGGAGUGCCCCGACGGCACGUACUCCGACGAGGCCAACCACGUGGACCCGUGCCUGCCCUGCACCGUGUGCGAGGACACCGAGCGCCAGCUGCGCGAGUGCACGCGCUGGGCCGACGCCGAGUGCGAGGAGAUCCCUGGCCGCUGGGCCACACGGGCCACGCCCCCAGAGGGCUCGGACAGCACCGCCCCCAGCACCCAGGAGCCCGAGGUGCCUCCAGACCCAGACCUCGUGGCCAGCACAGUGGCAGACGUGGUGACGACAGUGAUGGGCAGCUCCCAGCCCGUGGUGACCCGGGGCUCCAACGACAACCUCAUCCCCGUCUACUGCUCCAUCCUGGCCGCGGUGGUUGUGGGCCUCGUGGCCUACAUCGCCUUCAAGAGGUGGAACAGCUGCAAGCAGAACAAGCAAGGAGCCAACAGCCGGCCGGUGAACCAGACACCCCCGCCCGAGGGAGAAAAACUCCACAGUGACAGCGGCAUCUCUGUGGACAGCCAGAGCCUGCACGACCAGCAGCCCCACACGCAGACGGCCGCGGGCCAGGCCCUCAAGGGGGAUGGAGGCCUCUACAGCAGCCUGCCACCGGCCAAGCGGGAGGAGGUGGAGAAGCUGCUCAAUGGCUCUGCGGGGGACACCUGGCGGCACCUGGCAGAUGAGCUGGGCUACCAGCCUGAGCACAUAGACUCCUUCACCCACGAGGCCUGCCCUGUCCGCGCCCUGCUCGCCAGCUGGGCCGCCCAGGACAGCGCCACGCUCGACGCCCUCCUGGCUGCCCUGCGCCGCAUCCAGCGAGCCGACAUCGUGGAGAGCCUGUGCAGCGAGUCUACCGCCACGUCCCCUGUGUGAGCUGACCCGGGAGCCCUGCCCUGCCCCACAUUCCGAUGACUGAUGCUCCAGCCAACCCCCGGGGGGCCAGCAUCAGAGCUGAGCUCCUGUGGGCAGGGCUGUGGAGCCCAGGCCCCUAAACCAUAGCCCUGCCAUUGACCCCUUGUGGCCCCAUCGCUUCGACCACACUCCCUCUGCAGCGCCAGAAGUGCCCCUGCUGCCUGCCCACCCUGCCCCUGCCCCUCACCAUCUCCAGCCUUCCGCUCCUCCUCCCCACACUUCUAGGCGGGCCAGCUCCUCCCACCAUAGCAGGUGUCAGAGCUGGGGGGGCUGACACCAGGGAUGGUGUUGGGGUGAUGACAAGGCCCCAGAGACUCAGAGAGAGACUGAGGAACCAGAGCCAUGGACUCUACACUGUGAACCUGGGGAAAGAGGGAGCAUCACUGUGGCCUAAACCCUCCCUCAGCCCCUCACACCCCUCCUCUGGCCAAAGAUGAAGAGGCUCGAAGGCUUGUUGGAGCGGGAAGGGGGCACUGAAAUCUAGUCCACCCGCUUUUUUACCUACAGGACAGCGAGGCCCAGAGAGAGGCAGUGACUGGCCCAAAGCCACCCAGCAACGGGGUGGCCAAGUGUGGGCUGGCCGCCUCCUCUCUGAACGAGGGGUGCAAGCCUCAGCUUUGCUUAAAGGCUGGGAGAGGGAGGCCAGGCGACCCUCCGGGGAGUGUUGUACAGCCAGAUCCGGUCCACCCUCCACCAUCUCCAGGCCUGUUCAACCCUGGGGGACACAGGAUGCUUUACCCAAGGCUUGGUCCACGGAUCCAUCAUAACCCAAGUCAGCUUGGGGUUUGUGGGAAGGAGUGCCACUUCCCCCUUCCUGCCCCCCUCAGGCAUGUCAGUGUGGCAUCUUGGGUGUGGCCCAGUCUGUAGGUGCCUUCCAUCCUGGCACAGACCCAGAGUCAACACAGGCAGUACUCGGGGUUAGGGGCUAAGGACCCCCCACAUACAACACACACACACACACACACACACACACACACACACACACACACACAGAGCGGAUGAGAAAUCUUUUCUCCACGAGUUCUUUCUCUUGGGCUGGGACCGGAUCCUGCCCCGGGGCAGCUGCCAGAGAAGCAUCACAGGGAAUUGAACUCUGCUCGGCCGUCUUCCCUCGCCCCCGGGUUUGGCGGGCCAAGGACGGCUGAGGCUCGAGCUGGCGCCUGCCUUCCAAGGGCCUGCACAUGGAGGAAUGCUGCCCCCGCCUCCCCUCCCCUGAAGCCACGGGUUUGGCUGGGCCCCGAAGGUUGCGACGAAGAAACUUGGACCAGUCUGGGAAUGCAGCAAGAAGGAAUGGAGUUAAACUGCGGGCCCUGGACGGUCUGUCCAAAGUCUCGAGGGCCCCACAAAGGACAGCUUUUUCCCUAGCUUGGUGCCAGGAAGGGGCCUGGAGGUCCCUCCUGGCCUGUUCUGUUUUGCUUGAUGUUGGAAUGAAUGGCUCCCCCCUCUAUUUAGCAUGAAGGAGCCCAGAGCAAGGGGUGCGCCGACAGCCACCCCCUCCCCCGCCCAGGGUUCUCCCAACCCCCUGCCAGGGACCGGGAACAUUGUAUGUAGAUGGUAUUCCUUGGACCUCAAUCUGUGAUGGGAGGCGGAAACUCACCCGCUGGCUCCUCGCCUGUGCGCCCGGGAGCGGGACAGAGUCUGAGUGUAUUUAUUUUCCGCCCCAGCAGUUGGGAGCGGUUGGAGGGAGGCAGGUAUGUUUUAGCAUGUGUUUGGUUCUGGGGCCCCUCCUACCUCCCUUUGGGCGGAGAUGGAACCCUUUGGGCCCCCCAACUGGGGGGCUGUGAGCUCCAGACUCCCGACACCUUCCCCUCGCACCCUGUGUAACCAUUUCUUGGGCCCUCCUGAAACUUACACAUAAAACAUAAAUGAUGAGCAUUAAAUAGCAAAGAAAGAAAACGGGUGUGUUUUGAGUUGGCGGAGGUUGGCUAUGUCAUAAGGACCCAGGUGUCAUUUCCAACUCGGGUCCCAUCCUGUUUCUCUGCCCCGUCUCCCUCCUGUACGCACACCACAUGGGGAAGUUUUAACAGACAUCUAGCAAAUGCACUCGUAUAGUAGCCACAGAGUUAACUUACGUGGGGUAGGGAGGGAG